AUGAACUCCGUUCUAGGCUAUUCAGUAUACGAAGUUGGAGAACAAGUUUCCAGCUCAGUAUUAAACAAGUUUGCGGUUACUUACGACUCAGUAGCAGCCCAAGUGAAAUGUCAUUGCUUAUUAUUUGAGUCAAGAGAGAUAUUGUGCCGUCACGCCCUAAGCGUGUUAAGCUUUGAACGAGUAACCCAAGUGUCACCGAGAUAUAUAUUGGAACGAUGGAGCAAGAAUGUGAAGAGACAACACACACACAUCAAGAACAGCCAUAACGAGCCAAUGUUGGAGCCAAGAAGCAAGAAGUUUGAUGAAUUGGUGUUUCGUUCGCACAAUAUAUGCGAAUUUGCAUCAGAAUCUGAGGAGCUGACUACCAUUCUGCACUAUGCUUACGAUAACAUCAUGGUUGAGAUGGAAGAACUGAAAGCCAAAAGGAAGGGGACAUGUUCAUUAUCUCACAAAGAUGCCAACUUGGAAUCCGUUAAUGAGCUUUAA